AUGUACUUUGCAACUCUUCAAUAUAAAAGGGCCCCAUUUCCGAAAUUCGCCUUAGGCCCCGACGAACUCAUGGCCGGCCCUGCAAGUGAAAAGCAGUUUCGGGAGAAGUUGUCAGGAUGUGAAUUUGUGAAAUUCACUGUACCUCAGAAAUUCUUCUGUCAUUUUUACACGUCGGCUGUGGUUUGGACAACAUUCUUGCUUGCUGCAGCUUGGUUUUAUGCGUAUAAAAUGGCACCGUUGGUGUCUGAGCCAUUGCAAUAUUCUAGUAGUGAAAGUUCAAACACUGAGAGACACGGUAUGGCGGUCUGUGUUUCUGCUUUUGUUGAUGGAAGUUCAAGCAUUGAGCUCAGAUGCACAUUUUUGGCUACCUUCCUGGCCUAUUGUCAUGCUUAUGCUGCUUUUCAAGGAAGAUAUUUUACUGAUAUUUGGCAUCUUUCUGAGCUUAGUUUCUAUAGUUUCUAUACAGCAGCACUGUUGCCACUUUGCUGUACAUUUGCACUGGAGACCUUUGUUUUUGCUUCGAACCGGGUGGUUGAAUUCAUUGUUGAAGGAAAGAAUCAGAUCCCAGCCAAAGAAUUUGAUUGGUGGGGAUUUGCCAGUCCUCUUAUGAUCCUUAGAUGGUACUCGUGGAUUGGGAUGGCUAUAUUUUUAUGGGGUUGGAUACAUCAGCACCGUUGUCAUGCAAUUCUUGGUUCAUUGCGGAAGAAGCCAGAACAAGCCAAUGAGUACGUAAUUCCUCAUGGCGAUUGGUUUGACUAUGUUUCUUCUCCUCACUACUUAGCUGGGCUUGUUAUAUGUGCCGGUCUUAUGGUUGCUAGUGGUGGUGCAGACCUCACAGUCUGGUUAAUUUUUGGAUUCGUGUCGGCAAAUCUUGUGCUUGCAGGUGCUGAAACACACAAAUGGUAUCUCCAUAAAUUUGAUAAUUACCCUAGAAGCCGAUUCGCAAUCGUCCCUUUUGUUUUUAGUGAUUUUAGUACAGAGAUUGGAUAUACCACUGGUUAAUGGAAAUCAAACGAUUCCAAUUUCUUGUAAUGUUAAAGAUAAAAAACUUGAGAUGUUUGUACACAAAUGUAGUUACAGCUACAGUUCCAAUAGAUCUUUUAAUUUUGUAUUUUCAACUGACACAAUCUCAAUGUCUUUCUUCAAGAUUAUUGUUCAGAUGAUUCACACUUGCA